AUUUUCUUUUUUUAAUUAACAUUAAUAAUGGAUAUCGUAGGAAACGUGCUGCCAUAAGUUUUGAAGGAUGAAGCUACAGAGGACAAAGGCGAGAUGGCCAGAUUGUAAAGUUUUGUAGGCGCAAUUGCAGUGGCUGAUUUAGUAAAGACAACUCUAGGUCCAAAAGGAAUGGAUAAAAUAUUGAAACCCACAGGACCUGGUUAAGAGAUGACUCACAUCACUGUUACUAAUGAUGGUGCUACGAUUUUAAAAUCCAUGUAUGUUGAGAACCCAGCUGCUAAGAUUCUGAUUGAGAUCAGCAAAACCCAAGAUGAAGAAGUAGGAGAUGGGACAACAACAGUAGCAGUGUUGGCAGGUGAAUUGUUAAGAGAAGGAGAGAAAUUAAUUUAAAAAAGAAUUCAUCCACAACAUGUGAUAGCAGGAUGGAGAAUAGCUAGAGAUGUGGCAUUAAAGAGAUUAAGGGAUAUUUCAACUGAAAAUGACAUUGAAUCUUAAGAAUUCCAUAAUGACUUGAUUAAGAUUGCCAGAACAACUUUGAGUUCAAAAUUGAUUACAACAGACAGAGAUUACUUUGCUGAUUUGUGUGUCAAAGCGGUUUUGAGAUUGAAGGGAUCAUCUAAUUUAGAUUACAUCUAGAUCAUUAAGCUUCCAGGAGGAACAAUCAGAGAUUCCUAUUUGGAUGAUGGAUUCAUUCUUAAGAAAUAAAUAACAAUUGGUUGUAAAAGAAGAAUUGAAAAUGCCAAAAUCUUGGUUGCUAAUACAGCCAUGGAUUAUGAUAAGAUUAAGAUUUAUGGUACCAAAGUCAAAGUCAAUUCAAUGGACAAAGUAGCUGAAAUAGAAGCAGCAGAAAAAGAGAAGAUGAAACAUAAGGUUGAUAAGAUUCUUAAAUUUUAACCAACAAUAUUUAUAAAUAGAUAACUGAUCUAUAACUAUCCUGAAUAAUUAUUAGCUGAUUCUGGAAUUACUGUUAUUGAACAUGCUGAUUUUGAAGGUAUGGAAAGAGUGGCUGCUGCUACUGGAGCAGAAAUCUUAUCAACAUUCGAUGCUCCUGAAAGAAGAGAUUAAGUAUUAGGACAUUGUGAUUUAAUUGAAGAAAUUAUGAUUGGAGAAGAGAAGAUGAUCAAAUUCACAGGUUGCAAAAAGAAUGAAGCUUGUACAAUUGUAUUGAGAGGUUCUUCAAUUCAUAUCUUGGAUGAAGUAGAUAGAUCAAUUCAUGAUGUUUUGUGUGUCUUAAUCACUACAGUGAAGAAUAGAAGAGUUGUUUGGGGAGGUGGUAAUUCAGAAAUGCAAAUGGCUGCUGCAUGUGAAGAAGAAGCCAAGAAAGUUUAAGGAAAAUAAGCAUUAGCUAUAGAAGCAUAUGCUAGAGCAUUGAGAUAGAUUCCAACUAUCAUCUGUGAUAAUGGAGGUUACGAUUCAGCUGAAUUGAUAUAAAAUUUCAAAGUGGAAUUGCAAAAAGGAAAUUUAUCUUAUGGAUUGAAUAUGAAUGAUGGAACUGUUGGUGACAUGAAAGAAUUAGGAAUCAAAGAAUGCAUGAGAGUUAAGGAGUAAGCAGUUAUGGCUGCAAGUGAAGCAGCUGAAUUAAUUAUGAGAGUGGAUGAUAUUGUAAAAUGUGCACCAAGAAAGAGAGAAAGAGCAUGAUAUUAUGUUAUUAAGUAUUAAAUAAGAUUGAAUUAAACAACUAAUCAUUAUUGAA